AUGUAUGAGCCCCCUCGCGCCAACGCACCGAUCCAAGCUCGCAUCACACUUAGUGUGCUCGCGCAAGUAGACGGGGAGAUGUUCCACAUCCUGCCAAAGUGGCCGCUCGAGGCCAUGCUCACCAUCAACCCCGAGCUCCCCCCGGCGAACGAGUGCGAGCCCGGUCGACCAUCGGACCGGGAGGCGGAGCUCACACGCAUGCUCGACAAGCGGAGCGACCCGGUGGACAAGGAAAGUCGGUCGUGCUCGCGGGGCAACGUAUGUUGCGCAUGCGGCUCACGAUCCACGUUCUCGCCGACGGGGGAACAUGGGCGACUACGCGUGCCCGCCAGCAUCGUCGCGCUCAAGCAUUUCCAGAGGUCAGAGGUCGAAGUUGAGGGCGAGGAGGCCACCGUGAUCACACCCGCCGCGCAUACACCCAGCAUCCCCCGUCAGAACGCGCACCUGUACCCCUAUGACAUAUCCCCUGCGAUCACGCCAACUACAAGGAGUCUACCUGUGCUUCCGAUGCGGGUCCAAUUCGGGGCGAUACAUAUGGUCGUCUCCGCCAAGGUCGGUCUAGGCCUCUCUUUCGUGCUCCAGUUCAUGGCUCACACAGUCGCAGUGGAUCCGUCCAAACUCGCCUCCGUCGCAACUUUCGUGGAUGGUUCCAUGCAGCUACUGCUGAUGAACGCUGCGCUGUCUUCUGUGUCAUGCGGCAUCGUGACCAUCGUGGCGGUCGUUUCUGUAUACUCUCUUCUUCACCGCGGCUUGAACUGCCGUACGACGAAGCUUCUCAUCAGCACCAAUGCGGUCUUAUACAUCUCCACUUGCGUUUUCUUCGUCUGCAAUAUCGCAGCGGAGACGAUAGAGAACCGAAGAACAUCCGUCGUUGUUGCUGCGCUCGAUUCGAGCAUUGGCACAGUAACCUUCGACGAUCUUGCUCGAAAAGCGAACAAUCUCUACGUCACCAUGGCGGCCUGCCUCACUAUCAAUAUCGCGAUCAGCGACGCUGUGGUCUGGUGGCGCGCCGCGGCUAUCUGGUGUCACAACAGGUACAUUUCUGUACUAGGUGGAGCUCUCAUCGUCGUCUCUGCAGCGCUUGCAGCAGGAGCUAUCACGCAUAUAUGCCCACACUCCGCCGGAGCACAGCCGGUGAAGCCGGUUUCAUACCUCGCUGGGGAUAUCACCGCUACGCUCAGCUUCACGAUUUCGCUAUUCACAAACAUCCUCGCGACACUGUUGAUGUGCUUCCUCCGCCAAUACCUAGCGGGAAGGCCCAUCGGCUCCCGCGCGCUCAAGUCCAUCGCGCUCCUCGUGGAGUGUGGGGUCGCGUACUGCGUCAUCUGGGCAAUAUACCCGAUGAGCGUCAUCAUCGUCUUUGCGCUCAAGCAGUCGCCGUUGGAGCGCGCAUCUGCCCAAGAGCAUUCGCUCGUGUUCAACGUCGACACGCACGGCACAGAGGACGGUCGUCAUUCUGACGUUGAUAAUAGCUCUCGGGAGUCUCGUCCUCAGAACAGUGCCAUUUAG